GCCCGGACGAUGCCGAACACCCCGGCGCUGGUCGGCCUCGGCGCAUCGGCCUACGUGCUUGGGCCCGGUGCUUUGCCGACGGAUGGCGCCAUCGUCGAGAAAGUGAUGUCAGCAGUCGGCGUGUGUGAGAAGCUGGGCGACGAGAAGCUUCUGGAUGCCGUAACCGGGCUGUCCGGAAGCGGCCCGGCCUAUGUGUACAUGAUGAUCGAGGCCAUGGCAGAUGGUGGCGUCAGGAAUGGCCUCACCCGGGAUGUGGCGCUGAAGCUGGCAGCGCAGACGGUCAUGGGCGCAGCCAAGAUGACAAUCGCGGGUGACAAGCAUCCCGCCCAGCUCCGAAAUGCUGUGGAGUCUCCCGGCGGUACGACCAUCGCAGGGACCACCACCUUGGAAGCCACCGGCUUCCGGAAUGCGGUGAUCUCUGCAGUGACGGCCGCGAAG